AUCCGAACCAUGUACCUGGGGAUCCAGAGCCAGAGGCGGAAGGAACACCAGCGGCGCUUCUACUGGGCUAUGAUGUACGAGUAUGCAGACGUAAACAUGCUGCGCCUCCUGGAGACUUUCCUGGAGAGCGCGCCCCAACUGGUGCUACAGCUCUGCAUAAUGAUCCAAAAGAACCGUGCAGAAACAUUACCAUGUGUGUCCUCUGUGGCGUCCCUGAUGUCCCUGGCUUGGGUGCUAGCCUCCUAUCACAAGCUUCUUCGGGACUCUAGGGAUGACAAGAAGAGUAUGAGCUACAGAGGGGCCCUCAUACAUCUCUUCUGGCGCCUCUUCACCAUCUCAUCCAGAGUUAUCUCUUUUGCCCUCUUUGCUUCCAUCUUCCAGCUCUACUUUGGGAUCUUUGUAGUGGUCCACUGGUGUGCCAUGGCUUUCUGGAUCAUCCAUGGUGGGACUGACUUCUGCAUGUCUAAGUGGGAGGAGAUCCUCUUCAACAUGGUGGUAGGGAUUGUGUACAUUUUCUGCUGGUUUAAUGUCAAGGAAGGGCGGACUCGAUACAGAAUGUUUGCAUAUUACACUAUAGUCUUGACAGAGAAUGCUGCCUUGACGCUCCUUUGGUAUUUUUACAGAGAUCCUACAACUACUGACUCAUAUGCCGUGCCAGCACUGUGUUGUGUCUUUCUUAGCUUUGCUGCUGGGAUAGCUUUGAUGCUCUUCUAUUAUGGUGUGCUGCAUCCCAUGGGGCCGAGAGCUAAGAUUUUUGCCAGCUCCUGUUGCGCCGAGCUGCUCUGGGGCAUUCCUUUGCCUCCUGAUGUUGAGCCCAUGGCACCCGAAACCCCUGGGUACCGGGGGGCCCAGGCUACGCCUACCAGAGCGGUCACGGAGCAACAGGAGGAACUCACAGCUGACACUUGCUUGCCAGUUUUCCAGGUGAGAGCAAUGGUGCCAUCUACUCCAUCUGGGCGAGCCUACUACCCAGAAGGCCCUCUCAUUAAGAUUGACAUCCCAAGAAAGAGAUACCCUGCAUGGGAUGCCCAUUUUGUAGACAGGAGGUUAAGAAGAACUAUCAACAUUCUCCAGUAUGUCACCCCCACAGCUGUAGGUAUUAGGUAUAGAGACGGACCUCUCUUGUAUGAGUUGCUACAAUAUGAGUCUUCACUUUAAAGCUCCUUUAAAAAAAAAAAAAGAGGGGAUCUUAUUUUUGUUUAUGGUAAACACAGAUCAUGAAACAAACACACACCUUCAGAUAAGCUUUCUUUCUGGCUGCUGUAUGUAUAAAAAAAAAGAUAAUCUCUAUGUUUUGUAAGUAAAAACAAAAAGAAAAACUUUUCUUUUGUUUUUUACACACAAGAAACAGUAUUUCAACUUCCACACCUAUGAUCCACAGGUGGAGAAGAGGCGUCUCCACGUCAGAGUUUUAUACCUUACACCAAGUGUAGAACAUUAUAUAUGGGAUUGGUGCUGAUUGAAAAAUAAAAACAAACAAACAAACAAACCUACAACUGCCUUAUGCCCUUAGGUGCUGAGUUUCAUUAAGUACUGUCACCUUUCUCAUGCAAAACUCUUGGGUGAUUUUAUGCCAGGAAAAAUAAAAAAAAAACCUAAAUACAAUACUUAAAAAAAAAAAGAUGAAAAAAAAAAAAAAGAAACGAGAAAAAAACAACAAACAAGAAACAUACAAAAGGUAUUGCUGCUCUUAUUGGAUAUAGGUGAACAAGAAAAAUGUCUAAAGAUGAGAAAGCAAAGCAGAAAAGCCCGAAAAGAGUUUGAAUCUCAAAUGGUUGAAAGAGAAGAUCAGGGCUGUAACACAAUUUGGCAACGUGUUUAUAACAUAGCUUGGUCCCACCUAUGCAGGCCAGACCAAACCAUGUUCUAAAUGUAAUCCCCUGAUAAAAUUGUUGCCUUAGUGUAAAUGGACCAUAUGUGAUGGUCAGCUGUACUCAGUUUGCACCAAAUUCACAAAAUAAUACCAUACCUGAUCUCACUCACCACAGUUUUAUCCAGUGUUAACUCCAUUGAUUUCAAUGGACUUACUCCUGAUUCGCCCUGAUGUGAGUGAGCCCAGAAAAAGGCCUUCCAACUUGAUUUCUGGAAAAUAACGAAUCUGCGUUCUUUAAAUUAUUCACCAAAAAUAUAAUACUAAAGUAGAUUUACAUAUAUCUAAUAAAAUAUUUCAGUAAUAAUAAAACUCAGCAUAGUAGCAAAAAGAGAGUCAAUUUAAAGGCACAAUACUUGAUCGGUGACUGGCAAAAUAAUUUGACCUAUUGUAUCAUUUUAAGGCUGUGAAAAGGCAUACAUGUAUUAUUUGUAAUAUUGUGUAAGGCCUGUUAUGUCUCCUUCAGUGUGAGCCUUAAAGUGAUUGUAAAGCAUUCUUUGUUUUGUUUUUUUGUUUUUUUUAAAGGAAAACAAAAAAGAAAAUUAGGAUAAAAUCUUCAAACAGUAAUAACCUGUAACUGACGCUUUUCUAAAGAUGAUUUGGUGCUUUGUAUUUUUGUUGAUGUUGUUGUUGUGAUUUAGCUGAGAAUUGUUCAACUCACUUGGUGCAUUCGGGGAACCGCUGAUAAACGUUUUAUGUCACCUUCCUCUGUAAGUACGUGGCAAGAAAUAACACCACAGGAAAUCGAGAGCAUAGCAAGGUCAUCACCGUUUAGCUUAAGAGUUCUCACUGCAAGGAGACACUUCCACCUCCAUUGAUGGCAAAGCUUUAGAAGGAUAUCUGCUAGAGGUCUGAGACAUUUCCAGAUAAUCUUUUUGGUGCGUGAAGGUUUACAUUUCUUUAUUUCUGUGUUGAAGUUUCUUUGUUUCGAGUUAAAUCAUAGGCGGUGUAUAUGUAAUACCAUUUCUGGUUUCAAGAGUAUGCUCCUUUAAAAGAAUAUUCCCGUUCAAGGGCAUUUUUUCAAUCCCACCAUCCCUCUACUUGUGGGGGGGGGGAAACAACAACAACAACAAAAGAUAUUUUUAAGUGAAUACUGUAGUAUUUUCUCUGUGUGAUUGCAAUUUUUUAUUCCAGAAAUACUGUAACUGUCUAGGGUGCAAAAUUCCCACGUUGAACUCUUCUGAAGAGAAAAUCAACAUGGGGAAAAGAUUUUUUAAUUAUGAUUAUGAUUUUUUAAUUUGAUGAAUCCUUUUUUUUUUAAUGACAGUAGGUAUUUAAAGAAACUAGUACAAAUUUUAUAUAAUAGUUUAAAAAAGCUGAAUGCUUUCUUCGCCUGAAUAUACCUGAAUGGAAACAUUUUUUUCAAUCAGUGACGCUUUGCAGUGUUCUGAGUGGGGUUUUUGGUUUUUUUUUAAAUACCAUUCAAAUAUUUCACGGGCUCUUCUAAGGAGGGCAGGGCUUAUUUACGCCAAACUACAGACACACGGCAAAGUUUAUAAAAAGCCAAAUUGUCACAGGUACUGUAAUUCCCAGUCAGUUAAGCUCCAUUUCAAUUAAAUGUUUCUGGGCUCUGAUUACAACCUGUCUGAUAGUCACAUUUUCACACGAAGGGCAGGCUUCGUAGUAUCUGUGCCUCACCCUAAUUAAUGAUCAGUUAUUUUGUCUGAAGAGAUUUCAUUUACCUUCGUCGUUAUUUGUGGACCAGAAUCAUAUCCCUUGUCAGUGGCAUCACUUCAUUUUCAUUGCAUUUCUUCUCUAAUCCGUGUGACGUCUCCUGCUAAAUGAGGUAAUUUGUGAAGUGAACUUAACGAAUGAUAUCCGCCUUCAGGUGGCACGUUGCACGUUCCACUAUUAUAAUGAGGACUGGGCACACUAGAGAGGCACGUGGACUGUCCAUUAUCAGUGCUGGUUCUGCAACGUGACCAGCCAUUGCAUCUUUUUACUAUAUACUAAUCGUUUUUCUCAAAGUACUUACCUUAAACAUUAUUAUUAGCGGUUUACGCUAAUAGACUGUGAUUCUUUACUCUAUACAUCAUCUUCUUUGUAAAGAAGUUCCUCCUUAAAUAUGCAGCUCUUCUCUACAUUUGAGCCAGUUUCACAGGCAUAGUCAUUAGAGAUGGGAAAGAUCUUCUCUGUCACCUAGUCUGUUGUUCCAAAGGAGCGGGGAGUGGUGGUGGGGAGAAUCAUGAGGAAUUCUAGUGUUCUGUCUCAACCUGUUUUAAAGGCGCAAAUAAGGGGGCUUCCACCAUUUCCAUUGCAACUAAGUCUCAAGUUAUGGAGCACCCGGUAUCUGGCAAUAUCGCAAGUAAUCUGAUGGCGUCUCUCCUCUCCCUAGACCCCAUCUACUAACUGAGUUUUCCAAGAAGUACCAUCCUCAUUUCUGUUAGAUAGCUAGAUCUAGGUUCAGAAAAGAAUAUGCGCGUCACAUGGGCUGGUUUGGAAGGCUGCUUCUCUUCAUCAUCCCAACCAAAAGUUCUAAUCCUCCCACUCCUCUCGGCGCAAGCAGCCCCCUUUCAGUCCUGGUGACUCCCCAAGCCAGGAAGGAAUAAAGGACGAAGCCCUAAUGAGUUAUCAAACCAGAUCUUGAAAAUGUUCAGUGAUGGCGCCCUGACUGCCUCCUUUGGUAACCUGUUCCAAGUCCAAACGACCGAGACCUUUGAGACUUUGAUUCUUUACGCUGUACAUU